GUGCGUGUGCUUGUACACUGUUUUAUUUUGAAUUAUCAAUUUAGAAUUACGAUUCAGAAAUAAGAUUUGUAUGAUAUUUUAUAAAAAAAAAUAAGUUAAAAGUUUUAAAAUUUGAAAGUUUAAAUUUUUUAAUUUACUUAAGUUGUUUUAAAUAGAAAUUUAAAAUGAUCGAUACAAGACCACCGGGAUUUUCGGAGCUUUGCGAAUUGGCUAGUUCUAGUUCAGGUGGGCAAGUAUUAUUCGCCACGGACGACUUCUUCGCUCCGUGCGAGAAUAUGAUAUCUGAUGAGGAACCCAUCUUCAUUCCGGAGAAGUUCACUGAGUACGGCAAAUGGAUGGAUGGAUGGGAGACGAGGAGGAAGAGGAUCAGUGGUCAUGACUGGUGCAUCAUCAAGCUUGCUACCAAAUGUAUUAUUAAAGGACUGCUCGUAGACACAGCUUUUUUCACGGGAAAUAAUGCACCCAAAUAUUCUGUUCAGGCUGCUAGUCUGACACCUGAAGAGGAAGCACUUAUACCGGAGAGAAAGCCUCAAAUGGGUACGGCCUGCUCCGAAUACAAUCUUGAGAAGAUAGGACAUCUGAACUCAGAUAAAUGGGAUGAAAUAGUUCCUAUGACUCCUCUUCGACCAGGGUAUGAAGACACCAGGUUCAACUAUCAAAAGGUUGUAAGUGACGAGACAUGGACCCAUUUACGGAUAAACAUCUACCCUGACGGUGGAAUAGCAAGGUUCAGAGUGUAUGGAGAAGCCAAACCUGAAAUGCCUCGUCACAAUCAAAUCAUUGACCUAGUUUCAAUGCUCAGUGGUGGUACAUGCCAAGGUUACUCCAACGCCCACUACGGCCACCCGAAGAACAUGAUCAAGCCCAGCAAGAGUUGCGUCAUGUCUGAUGGCUGGGAGACUGCGAGGAGACUCGACAGACCCAACGUUAUUGAGGUGAACGAUGAUGGGACUUUAAGAGUGCCAGGUCAGGAGUGGGCCGUCUUCAAAUUGGGCUUUCCCGGAAAAAUAUCAAAGAUAUGCAUUGACACAGCCCAUUUCAAAGGGAAUUUUCCGGACUCCGUCAAAAUUGAAGGCGCUUAUUUGGACAAAGAUAAUUGGUGUGCAGAAGAUGAACCGACGUGGCACAAAAUAUUGAAACCCAGUAAGAUGUCAGCCGAUAAAGAACACUGGUUUGACUGCGACUCCGAAGUGGUGACCCAUGUCAGAGUAACCAUGGCUCCUGAUGGUGGCAUCAGCAGAAUUCGAACCUUGGGCUACGUAGACCGGUUAGCCAUACAGUGAAAAAGAUGGUGGUUUAAGAGAUUGACACUGUAAUCUUAUAAAUAUACUAGCGACCCGCCCCGGCUUCACACAUAUAAACUUUCCACUUGAAUCACUCUAUCUAUUAAAAAAACUGCAUCAAAUUCCGUAAUGUAGUUUAAUAGAUUAAGCAUACAUAUAUACAGUCAUAGGGACAGACGCGAGAAGCGACUUUGCUUUAUACUUUGUAGUGAUUAGAACAUUGACUUACAUUUAUGUACCGUGCUGAACUAACUUAAGUUUACAUUAUUAGAACAUCAUACAUUGUGUUCUAUAUUACUUUCACUGCUACUAUUGUAUUUUUUUUACUUCUUUUUUAAAAUUGGAAUUGUGAUAUAUGUUUAGAGUUUAAGAAAGAUAAAGUUAUUAUUGGUUUCUUAAUUUUUUUUUCUUAAACCAUUAAUGAUUCUUGUUCUUUAGAUACUUUGUCGAAGUUAUCAUAGUCAAUACUACAAUUUCUUAAUGAUAAGUUUAAAAGCUUGCACAAGACUUCGCUUCCGUAGGAAUUAUAGACUAUUUUAUUUCUUAAUAUUCCAUCUGUGUACAAAAUUUGAUCAAAAUCAGUUCAGUAGUUUUUGAGAUUUUUUUAACAAACGUGCAUAAAUACAAAUCUUUUGUUUUUAUUAUUAGUGUGUAUAGUUUCUGUAAAUUCUGUCAGUGUAUAAAUUGAGAUUUACGUAAUAUAAAUACGUAAUAUGUUCAAACCGUUUCUGGAAGAAUAAAUACACGAAAAGCUUCGUGGAAUAAAUAUUGCGUUCCAAAAAUAUGGGUAGGAAAUAUUAAAAAAAAUAAUUUUCAUUUAAAAAAAUGUAAUAUCAUUAUGUGAAAGUUCCUACAAACAUGAAACGUAUAAAGCAGUUUUUAAAUGAUAAUUAUUAUUGUGAUAUAUUUUAAAAUAUUACUGGUAUGUGUAAAAUAUGAACUGUAUUUUAAGUAAACUUAAUUCUUCUUAAUUUUCAAGCCUUGUGUCUCUGCCUACCCCGCAAGGGAUUGUAUGUAGUACUUAUGUUAAGUAUUAUUAGAAUAUUAUAAUAAAAAUUGCUUAAUUUGA